AGAUACUGACAACCAACGGGUGAUCAUACACGUUCGCGAUGUGAACGAUGAGCCUCCGUACUUCAUCAACCGUCCUCUGCCGAUGCAGGCAGUCGUGCAGCUUAAUGCACCACCAAACACACCUGUCUUCACUCUCCAGGCUCGAGAUCCUGACACGGAUCACAACAUUCACUACUUUAUCGUCCGAGACCGAACGGGAGGACGAUUUGAGGUGGAUGAACGAUCUGGAGUGGUCAGAACUAGAGGUACAGAUCUCUUCCAAUUAGACAUGGAAUAUGUAUUAUACGUGAAGGCUGAAGACCAAAAUGGAAGAGUAGAUGACAAGAGAUUCCAGAGUACUCCAGAGGAAAGGCUGUCGAUUGUUGGUGGUAAAAGAGCACCACAAUUCUAUAUGCCCAGUUAUGAAGCUGAGAUUCCGGAAAAUCAGAAAAAGGACUCGGACAUAAUCUCGGUGAAAGCAAAAUCCUUCGCCGACAGAGAAAUCCGCUACACACUGAAAGCUCAAGGGCAAGGUGCUGGCACAUUCAAUAUUGGACCCACAUCUGGUAUAGUGAAACUGGCCAAAGAAUUGGACUUCGAAGAUCUGAGGCAGCCACAUGUCUAUUCUUUGGUUGUAACUGCAACAGAAGAUUCCGGUGGAUUUUCCACUUCUGUUGAGUUAACCAUCCGUGUAACCGACGUGAACGACAACGCUCCCAAGUUCGAGCUUCCUGACUACCAAGCACACAACGUCGAUGAAGACAUACCACCUGGAACCAGCAUCUUGAAGGUUAAGGCGAUGGAUGCCGAUAGUGGUACCAAUGCCGAAAUAGAGUACUUUGUGUCAGAUGAUCACUUUAGCGUGGACCCCAGCGGGAUUAUAUCUAAUAAUAAACAGUUGGAUGCCGAUAAUAACAAUGCUAACUAUGAGUUCAGUGUUACUGCUAAGGAUAAGGGAGAACCAUCGAAAACUGGAACAGCGACGGUGAGAGUCUACACAAAGAACAAAAAUGACGAAGAACCCAAGUUUUCGCAGCAAGUAUACACUCCAAACGUCGACGAAAACGCUGGUCCAAAUACUCUAGUAACUACUGUCGUAUCCUCAGAUAAAGAUGGUGACAAUGUGAGGUUUGGUUUUGUUGGAGGAGGCACCACUGCUGGACAAUUCGUUAUUGAGGAGAUUACUGGUGUCAUUCGACUUCACAAUAAGCCCAUAUCGCUGGAUAGAGAUAAGUAUGAGCUAAACGUGACCGCGAUGGAUGAUGGAUCUUGCUGCGUCAACGGCGAUACUACAAUACACACCAGUACCGCCGUUGUGGUAGUGUUUAUCACAGAUGUUAACGAUAACAAACCCAUCUUCAAAGAUUGUGGAACGUAUUACCCAAAGGUUGAAGAAGGUGCUCCAAACGGCUCCCCAGUGAUCAAAGUCCACGCAACAGAUGAAGACAAGGGCGUAAAUGGUCAAGUGAAGUACUCAAUCGUCCAGCAACCCAACCAGAAGGGCACAAAGUUUACAGUCGACGAGGAAACUGGUGAAGUCUCAACCAACAAAGUGUUUGACAGAGAGGGAGAUGACGGCAAGUUCGUGUCGGUCACAGUGAAAGCCACAGAUCAGGGAGAACCGUCAUUGGAGGGAGUCUGUUCGUUUACAGUGGAGAUUACGGAUGUUAAUGAUAAUCCACCCUUGUUCGACAGACAGAAAUACGUGGAAAACGUGAAACAAGACGCCAGCAUAGGCACAAACAUCCUGCGUGUUUCCGCUUCUGAUGAAGACGCUGACAAUAACGGCGCCAUCGUGUACACCCUCAAUUCUGGCUCUAACCCUGCUGAUCUCGAUUAUUUCGAGAUACAACCUGAGUCUGGAUGGAUCGUGCUGAGAAACCCCUGGACCGCGACAGAUACCGGCUGCGUGUACGCGCCUCUGAUAAGGGCGACCCUCCCUCCUACGCGGACGUGGAUAUUGAGUUAGAUGUCGUCGACAGAAACAAUAAACCUCCACUAUGGGAUGAAGCCACUUACGGCCCCAUUCACAUCAGAGAAAAUGUCACAGUGGGUACAGUCGUGACGUCUGUCAAAGCCAGCUCUGGUAUCGAGAACAACCCAACGGUGUUCUACCGGUUGAUGCCAGGUUCUACAGCGCAGACCAACAAAUUUCAUACGUUCUACCUUCAGCAACGUCCUGAUAAUGGUUUUACUUGGGCGGAUAUAAAGGUCAACCAUCCGUUGGACUAUGAGACUAUAAAGGAGUAUAACCUCACCAUACGAGUAGAGAACAAUGGCGCCCAACAACUGGCAUCAGAAGCCACGGUUUACAUUCAGCUGGAGGACGUGAAUGACGAAAUUCCACUGUUUACUGAACGGGAACAAGAAACUGUGCUGGAGGGCGAGCCCAUUGGCACCAAGGUCACACAAGUCAAUGCCAUCGAUAAAGAUGGAACAUUCCCCAACAAUCAGGUGUACUACUACAUCGUCGACUCACCAAGAAACGAAGGCAAAGACUUUUUCGAGAUCAACAAGGAGACCGGCGAGGUGUUCACCAAAGUGGUGUUCGACAGAGAAAAGCAGGGCGCGUAUGCUUUGGAGAUCGAAGCUAGGGAUGGAGCUCCUUCAGCGAGGCCGAACAGCGACAACGAACCCAAUUCAGGUGA